AUGGGGGUAGAUGUGGUGAAUGAUAGAGUAGGAACUCUAGUGUGGGUACAGAUGAAGAAUGGGUCAUGGUGGCCUGGGAGGGUUGUGGGUCCCAGUGAGGCUAGUGAGCUCUCACCUUCUCAUGAUCUCUUCUCUCUGGCCAAAACCAAGACUCCUGUCAAACUCCUUGGAAUAGAAGAUGCUACUGUGGAAUGGUACGAUUUAGAGAAAUCAAAACGUAUAAAAGCAUUUCGGUGUGGUGAGUUUGAUGAUUUUAUCGAGCAGGCUGAAUCUUCCAAGUCCUGUCUUUCCGAGAAACUUGUAAACUAUGAACGUCGAGAAGAGGCUAUUCUUCAUGCACUUGACCUUGAGAAGCAACAACUGCAAAAGAAACAUAGAGUACCAGGAGAGGAUCGUGUGGGAACUAUAUACCGAGCAAAGAGAAGCAGAUGUGUUUACUUGCCACCUGAAUCCAGUUUAUGUUUGGAGCGCACUGUUUCUCAUCCUCAACAUUUACAGGAUCCAAACACAGAUGGAGGGGUCACAAAACCUUCAGGAAACUGCAAGGGACAGACUGGAAACCUGAACUGUGAGGAGCAUGAACUCGGUGACGUGUCUUACUUUCCUCCUCAAAACCAGACUGCAGCUUUACAGAAAGGGAAGGUGAGGAAAGGGAAAGGGCCUGGAAUUGUGAUUGAUGAAAAGAGGUAUUUCAGAUCCGAAAAUGGCACACUUGAUGGGGAAGACCCAUUAACUCCAAAUGCUGCGCCCAAAGAAGACAGUAGAACUGGAUAUGACACCAAAUCAGGGGAAAACAUUGUUUGGGAGGUCAAUAGACUGUCUCAAAUAGUGUCCCAGGGUGAUUACUUGGACAAGUGCUUUGAUUCACUAUGUAUUGGCCAUCAGAGUCGGAUGGAAAGCGUUUUGAUUGAUGUGGACUUGACAGUUCAAGCAAGCAAUCAAGAGGAGUAUGGCCCUCUUGUUUGUUUAACGAGUAGAUUGAAUGGGAAGAAAAUCAUAGGGCACCCAAUAGAUAGCGAAGUGUCAGAAGACGGUUCUUCAGACAUUCUUCUGCCUAUGGAGGAUGAUACUAACAAGAAGUUGUUUGAUAAUGAGGGGAGUGCAAUUCUUCAGCCAGUUUGGAAAACCAAAACUGCUAAAAGGACUCCUGUGUCCUAUAUUGCAUGCUCUUACCCUUCUUCCAUGUUAAAGCAUGAUAAAACUGCACAAGCUUGCCAAAAUUCUGGUCACCUAUGUGUCAAGGGGAGGGGAAAGAAUUUCACUCGAGCAUGGGAGUUUCUUGGGAAGCCGCUGAAAAAGCCUAGGCUUUCUAGCCUUGAAACAAGAAUGCUCUCAUCUGCCAUUGCAAGGAAUCGUAAGGGGAAGGUGUAUACUAUUCAGCCUAUUAACCAGGGUUUUAUGGGAGAUGGUUCACCCAUACCAGAAGAGACUGUGCCCACCAGAGUAACUUGUGUUCCUGUGAAACACAUAUGCGGUAAGUUACUGGUAGAAGUUGGUGGGUUGCAAUCUUGAGCAGCAAGUCACGGAAUUUAAACAUCCAAGUACAGAAAGAAAAGUUAGCAAUGGACAUUGUUACAUAGAAGCAAAUAGUAGUAUAACUUGUGAAUUACUAAGCAACUUCGAUUCAAGGUCCUUAAGUUAUGUUCCCGUAUGUAAGCUAUGUGAAAUUAUGGCCCAUCAGUGCAAAUUUAAAAUAGAACAUUCUUUUUGGAGGCCAUGGACACAAAGAAGAUUUUAAAUGUAUAUAUGACUCUUAGUUAUCAAUCUUAUGGUUCUGUAACUCAAAACUGCUAGUAGAGAAAAUUCAAGCAGUUGAGUUUUCAUCAUUUUGGUUCCUAGGAAGGAUUUAUGCAAAUCAGCUGGAUUUUAU